CUUGCUCCUCCAAUCCUGGGGUUUUGCCUUCGUAGCGCCGCCCGGAGUGAGAGUUGUGUCCUGGACAGUGCAAAUGUGUGAAGGGCAGCGGCACAAGAUGUUAGCUUAUCUUUUUUUCCUCUUUUGAACGUGAAAAUCCUGCGAAUUUACUGCUCUUUUUUAUUUAAACCGAGCGAGCGACUGAGGAUAAUGUUGGCGUCACGGAGGCUCUGCUUUGCAGACUUUGGAAAACACAUCGGGCAUUCUCGGUGAAUUCCCGGGAGAUGGCCACAUAGUUCGACCUGCUCCACUUACCGAGCCCCGAUAAAGCACUUUGAAGGUCUACAAUGACAGUUGGGGACAUGUUUGUUUUGGUUUUGGUUGUCCUGGCCUUUCCCUGUUCUAGCUUAGAAGGUGAGAGCAGCCUAAGAAACUCUGAAUGCCUCUGUGACGGAUCAUCUUGCAGCAAUGGGGGCCGAUGUUUCGGCCCACAGUGCUUCACCUCUCUCUCCGUGAUGAACGGGACAUCUGUCCUUCGUAAGGGUUGCAUUGUGGGUAACGAAGAAGGGUUCCUGAGCUGCGGAAGUCCACUGACUCCUGAGUUGGUGAUAGAGUGCUGCUCCGGGGAUUUGUGCAACUUGAACAUCUCCUUGCAGUCAUUGGUGAAAGAUGUAGAACAGUCUGCUGGCAGACCAGUCCUCAGAGACCAGAAAUGCGUGUGCGAGGGCGUUGCGUGUGAGCGUGACCGUCACUGCACAGGCCAGCAGUGUUUCUCCUCUCUGAAAAUGAUUGAUGGGGUGGCCGUCCAACAGAAGGGCUGCCUGAGGGACGACGAGGAGGGCAGAGCCACCUGUGCCUCGCCACCCUCGUCGGCCCAUGUUGUCAAGUGCUGCCAGGGCCAUCUGUGUAACAUGAAUGUCACUGUGCAAUCUCUAGGAAAAGAGGAGGUGAUGAAGCCCCUGAUCAAAGAAGAGCAUGAGUGUGUGUGUGAGGGCAGCUCAUGUGCGACAGGGAAUCGCUGCCUGGGCCACCAGUGUUUCUCAUCUCUGAUAGUCAGUGCUGGUUCCCUGGUGCAUCAGAAAGGCUGCUUUAAGGUUUAUGAGCAGAGUACAUUGACCUGUAAGACCCCUCCUUCCAGAGACCAGAUUGUGGAGUGCUGCCACGGGCACCUGUGUAACAUGAACAGCACUGUGGAGCUGCCUGUCAGAGCUGAUGAGCUGCCAAACUACAGCGUGACCACGCUGGCUAUCAUCAUCGUGGUGCCCAUCAUCAUCCUCAUCGUUCUCUCCACUGUAGCUAUCCUCGUAUUUAGACGCAUCCACCACAACCAAAUGGAGAGACUGACGUCACGAGAUGCUGAAUACGGAACUAUUGAUGGCCUCAUAGCAUCAAAUGUAGGGGAGAGCACUCUGGCGGAUUUGCUAGAUCAUUCCUGUACUUCAGGCAGUGGCUCAGGACUUCCAUUCCUUGUUCAGAGAACUGUUGCUCGACAAAUUACACUCAAUGAGUGUGUGGGUAAAGGCCGUUAUGGUGAAGUGUGGAGGGGUCAGUGGCAAGGAGAGAGUGUCGCUGUCAAAAUCUUCUCCUCCAGAGAUGAGAAGUCCUGGUUCAGAGAGACUGAGAUCUACAAUACGGUGCUGCUGAGACAUGAGAACAUCCUCGGCUUCAUCGCUUCAGACAUGACCUCGAGGAACUCCAGCACUCAGUUGUGGCUGAUCACUCACUUCCACGAGAUGGGCUCAUUGUAUGACUACCUUCAACUCAGCACCCUCGAUGCAUCCGGCUGCCUCCGCAUGGCACUCUCUAUCGCAAGUGGCUUGGCACAUCUGCACGUUGAGAUCUUCGGCACACAGGGCAAACCGGCCAUCGCGCACAGAGACCUGAAGAGCAAAAAUAUACUGGUUAAAAAGAACGGGCAGUGUUGCAUUGCUGACCUUGGUCUGGCCGUGAUGCAUUUUCAAGACACCAAUGAGUUAGAUGUGGGGAACAACCCUAAAGUGGGCACAAAGCGCUACAUGGCCCCCGAAGUGCUCGACGACUCUAUCCAGAUGGACUGUUUCGAAUCCUACAAGAGAGUGGACAUCUGGGCCUUGGGGCUGGUCCUGUGGGAGGUCGCCAGGAGAACAGUCAGCAAUGGCAUUGUAGAAGAUUACAAGCCACCUUUUCAUGACGUGGUUCCAAGUGAUCCCAGUUUUGAGGAUAUGAAGAAGGUUGUGUGUGUUGAUCAGCAGAGGCCCAACAUCCCAAACAGAUGGUUCUCGGACCCAACUUUAACCUCGAUGGCUAAACUCAUGAAGGAGUGCUGGUACCAGAAUCCAUCAGCUAGGUUAACAGCGUUGCGCAUCAAAAAAACUCUCACAAAGAUCGACAACUCUCUGGACAAAAUCAAAACAGACAUUUGAGCCUGUCUCAAGAAGAGGAGGCAGACAUGUACUAAAGGCUUUUGAAGACAUCCAGCGGGCGGACCAUCUUGGAGAAAUCUCAGAAGACAAAAGACUUGGGUUUAGUGCCCUUAUAGUGGCACAGACCUGUAUUUAUUUGAAAACACAUUUUGGCAUCCAAAGAUGGCUUACUAGGCAUUUCUGAGACUGCCAGUGGUCUUGGAAAAGAAAAUAUAGGACAUAGGAAUAGGGAAAUAUCUAUUCAAGCUAUAACACUGUUAGAAAUAUUCUUCAAGGAAGAAACUGUUACCUUGGCAUUUGAGCAGUCUUGCUUUUUUUUGUUUAACACUUUUUUUUUUUUUUUUACCUUGACCAAUGUCUAAACAUAUUAGCAGUUUAACUUUAUCUCUGUAAUUGUACAGUACUGCAUUGUUCAUUUGGACAAGAGGCCAACCUGCCAGUUUAUUCAUUAUACUUUUUAAAACUGAGAUCACAGUAUUAUGAGAAUUAUGUUAAAAAGUCAAUUACUUUGUCAUGCACCCUUGUUUACAGUGCUGUCAGAGCAAGUUUCUUGCAUUAUAAUCAACCAUAUAACAUUUCGUUGUGCAGAUGCACCAAUGGCACUGUUCUUUUUGUGAGAUAUCAUCCAACUUGAGGUAUUCUGUUGUAGACUUUUUAAUUAUCACCAUGGAUUUUACAUACCUGUUCUGAUUUGCUUAUUCAGCUUUACAAACAGAUGCAAAAAGAACAAAUAAAAAUAUCUACUAGAUGAACUGAACUCUGUUUCCCCAGAGACCUUUUACUAAGCCUGUACAGCCUGUAUACUGUCCUGACGUGUGCAUUGUUGUCUAAAUGAGUGCACUGUCAAGUAAAUGAAGUCAAACUUCAGCCUUUUUUUUUUAAAUUUCCAUAACAUUUUAUAUCAGUUAUUGAUUUCUAUUAAUUAAAUAGAAAAAAA